AUUGCCAACAAAAGUCCCGGAAACCCGGAAAACUGUUCUCUAGAAUCACUAAAGGCAAAACAAAAAUAAGCCCAUAAGCCAGAAAGCCAGAACCAGAGAUCGAUAAGCUUAGCAGUCCUAUAGCUCUAUCGCAGUGUCUCUUCUAAUUUAACGCCACAAAACAUACCUUCAACACAAAACCCAAGAAAUAUUGAUAUUGGAACCGAAACCCGGCUACCUGCCCCGAGAGAGGAAGAGAGAGAGAGAGACCGGAGCAGAGAGCUAAUAUGUUCACCUACCGAAACGAUUGGUCGCGCAAUUACCUAUAUAGCCCACAGAUUGGUGCGCUUGGAACCUAUUGACAGCAGUAGGGUAAUUGCAGAAGCAGCGCCGCUCGUGUUUGUCGCUCGUGGUGCCUUUCAGUCUCACCCCCACACCCCAUAUCUCGAGGCCAUUUAUUCGGCCUCUAAUUGACACUUGUCAUAGACUUUGCUUUAAUCUAUUGGAUACCCUUCUCUGUUCAAACUUUUAUUUCCUCCACCAAUCUCUCUCAUGUACCUCUAUGCCGACCUCCGAGUACAGAGCACUUGAUGAGUUUUGGGUUUGUUUUGUAUGUGCUCAAAGGUGUGGAAUUAACCUCGAGGUAUUGCAUUGGCCGCAAUUCUAGGGGGUGUCGGUCAUGGUGUUGAAUUUCACUGUUGCUUUGUAUUGAAGCAGAGGUACAGUCUUCUACCUUGAAGCUUUAAACUUUGUUCCCAGAAUUUGAUUAUUCUAGCAUUUCCGCGUUUUCGGAUAUUGAUAUUGUUUUCUAUGAGUAUCUCAGUACUCGUAUCCAUAUAUUUGAGCAUUAGAACAUGUGAAAACAGUUCUCGUUGGUGGUCUCUUGGGUUUGGUAGUUGUUUCUUCGUACUUGCCCAUGCUUGAAAAUUACAGAUAUAUGGUUGAAUUGCAGACUGUGGCCGCCUUUUCUCGCAUAGUUUGCGAGUAAAAAUGGGUCCAUGAAUUCGAUCAUUCUUUGAUAUUGAAGGGUUCUAAGUACUGCUUGGUUGCCUAUAGGGAGUGCGAGAACUGUGUUUUUGAUGUGGAUUAUUGGCCUCAAGAACAAGACAUGCUGAGCUCUGAUGAGGGAGAAAUUGAUGUUUUCUUUGACUCCGCGGAUUAUUUAUCGUCUGAAGAGUCAUCUGUAGAUGAAGAGAUAGGUUCUAUACAUUUAGAAUAUGGUAUUUGGAUGAAUGAACCACGAAGCAUUAAGGAAAGGCGGGAGAAUUUCUUACGUGGAAUUGGUUUAGCUGAAUUUUCUUCUCCUGGGAUUUGUGCGGAGAUUGGAAUGAAAGUUUCUGGCUUGUCAGAGGUGAUGGGAUUGCAGAGGCUCAAGCAAUGCAGUGGAGCUGUCUCAAGCUCUUGCAUUUCAUCUACUGAUUUAGCAGAGGGAAAUAUGGUUUGCUGUAAAAGAGAGAGGGGCACGCAAGCAAAAGCCCUGUUUGAUGAAUUGGAAGGAAAACAAGAAGACCGACAGAAACAGAAAGUAGUUCUCGAUGGGAAGGCUACUGAGCAUUCAACUGCUGCUCAAGAAUAUGUGGGCAGUAAUGUGCAUGCCCACUUAAAAGAAUAUAAAAACUUGGAUUUGGGUAAAAGGAGAUUGAAAAAUUGGUUAAAUUACUUUAUCAACAAGAGGAAGGGAAGUAGAGAUACAUUUGUCACAGAAGUAUCAAAACCAAAUUCUAGAACGCCUAAGAUAAACAGAAUGAAGGUAUGGCAGAAUAACAAGAGGUACAUGGAAUUUACGGCUCUAUUCAAUGGGCAAGAGAUUCGUGCACACAAUGGCUUAAUUUGGACAAUGAAGUUUAGUCCAGAUGGCCAAUAUCUAGCAAGUGGUGGCGAAGAUGGGGUUGCACGUAUUUGGCGUGUUACAUCAGUAGAUGCCUUGGAUAAUUAUUUAAUGGUUAGAGGCAGUUUCGGCAUAAAAAUGAAAGGAGGCAAGUCCACUCUUGGGGAAAAAAGUAUGAACCAUGCCUCCAUUGUUAUUCCUGAUAAGGUUUUUCACAUUGAAGAGUCGCCAGUGCAUGAAUUUCAUGGCCAUUCUAGUGGUGUCUUGGACCUGUCUUGGUCCCAUUCAAAUUUUCUGCUUUCAUCAUCCAAGGAUAAAACCGUUCGUCUGUGGAAAUUGGGUUGCACACAAUGUUAUAAUGUUUUCCGUCACAAUGAUUACGUGACAUGCGUGCAGUUCAAUCCUGUUGAUGACAAUUACUUUAUCAGUGGCUCCGUAGAUGGAAAAGUUCGAAUUUGGGGAGUGUCUGAGAAGCGAGUUGUUGAUUGGGCUGAUGUGCGAGAUGUAAUAACUGCUAUAUGCUACAAGCCAGAUGGGAAUGGCUUCAUAGUUGGUUCUAUUACAGGCACUUGUCGUUUCUAUGAUGCAUCAGGCAAACAUCUAAAACUCGAUGCACAGAUAUGUGUUCAACGCAAAAAGAAAACGUCUGCUAAUAAGAUCACUGGCAUUCAGUUCUCCCAGGAAAUAUCUCAAAGAGUUAUGAUAUCAUCAGAAGACUCGAAACUUCAUAUAUUUGAUGGCAUUGAUAUCAUCCGCAAAUAUAGAGGUCUUCCAAAGUCAGGAAGUCAGAUGUCAGCUUCAUUUACUUCAAGUGGGAAACAUAUAGUCUCGAUUGGAGGGGACUCUCGUGUUUAUCUCUGGAACUAUAACGGGGCGUGCAUCCCUGCGUCAAAACAAACAAAACCUGUGCGAUCCUGUGAGCAUUUCUUCUCCGAAGGUGUGACCGUUGCAAUGCCUUGGUCAAGGAGCAGAGCAGGAUGGAGAGGCUCUGGGAGUGGUGCUACUGAAAGCUCACAAACACUGGACCUUGAUUCCGAACGUUCUUCCCUUGGUAAUUGGUUCUCCAUGGAUGGCUCGUGCUGGGGUUCUGCAACUUGGCCGGAAGAGAAACUUCCCCUGUGCGAUGUACCAGUUUCAGAAGAUGAAUCUCAUGAUCAGCACUACAGUAAUGCCCACAAACACAGGACUAUAUCAGACACGUGGGGAGUCGUGAUUGUGACGGCUGGAUGCGAUGGAACAAUCAAAACAUUCCACAACUAUGGAUUGCCCAUCAGGUUCUAGGCUCUAGCAGUAGAAACAAUGAAGCUUCUCAAGGCGAUGUAUAUCAUUAUGUACAUGUAUGUCAGUCAGCGUGUGCCGAAAUUCAAGUUUUUUCUUCUUCUUAGACCACGGGAAAGGAGGAUGGAUUCAAAGCCUGGAUCUCUCCCUUGAGACACCGGACGUGCGAAUCAUUUGGAUCAAAGGCCAUUGACAAGUUCGAGCUGUUGAUAUCUAGCCUAAAUUUCCCUUCCCGAAUGACAAAAUCUUUUGACACGAUUGAUAAGUUCAGAAUUUCACUUCUGUUCAUGUCAACUAGCUCGGAUAGUUUGGCGAAGAAGCUAAGGCCAUGCAAUUUUUCAUUUUCUUUCGACAACUUAUUUUUGGGAUGAAUGAUACCUAAUGUAUACAUCCACACAGAAAAGAAAUAUUAAUUGAAUUUUUGGUCU